UCAUGGCGAAGAUGAUGGCCAACAGCUUCUGUGACCAGUUGUGCCAGCUGAAUCACACCAUGAGGAAGAAUUGCCGAGUGGCUGUUAAGACCACAAACUUCUACUGGCUGGUGCUCCUGCUGGUGUUUCUCAACACAGUGGCCAGUGCCUCCGAGCAUUACGGACAACCGAAGUGGCUCACGGAAAUGCAAGAGCGAGCCAACAAGAUCCUGCUGCUGCUCUUCACUCUGGAGAUGUUGAUGAAGAUGUACGCCUUCGGCCUGCAGAUCUAUUUCAUGGCGCUGUUCAACCGCUUCGAUUGCUUCGUGGUGUGCGGCGGCAUCCUGGAGACGCUGCUCGUCGAGUUCGAGGCUAUCCCACCCAUCGGCAUCUCUGUGCUGCGCUGCAUCCGUCUGCUCAGGAUAUUUAAGAUGACACGGCACUGGGCUGCUCUGUCUGACCUCGUCAACUCACUGCUCAACUCCAUGAAAGCUAUCUGCUCCCUUCUCCUGCUGCUCUUCCUCUUCCUCAUCAUCUUCGCUCUGCUCGGCAUGCAGCUGUUCGGAGGCAAAUUCAACUUUGACGAGAUGCAGAUGAAGAGAAGUACAUUCGACUCCUUCCCUCAGGCUCUGCUCACUUGUUUCCAGAUACUCACAGGAGAGGACUGGAAUGCUGUGAUGUACGACGGCAUCAUGGCCUACGGUGGUCCUAUCUUCCCCAACAUGGUGGUGUGCAUGUACUUUGUCAUCCUCUUUGUCUGUGGUAACUACAUCCUGCUGAAUGUCUUCUUGGCUAUCGCUGUGGACAACUUGGCUGGAGGUGGAGGAAAGAAAAACGUGGAGGAGAAAAAGGAAGAUGAAGAAGAGUGGGAUGAUGAUGAAGAGAAAGAAGAUGAAGAUGCAGGGGUAGAUAUUGCAGAGUUCUCAGGGCCUAAAGAGAAGAUCGUACCAAUUCCUGACGGGAGCUCCUUCUUCAUCCUUGGGAAGAAAAACUGUUUGCGAGUCGCCUGCCACAACCUCAUCCAUCAUCCCUACUUCACCAACUUCAUCCUCAUCUUCAUCAUCUUCAGCAGUAUUUCCCUGGCUGCUGAGGAUCCAAUCAAAUCCCACUCAUUCAGAAACAUAGUGCUCGGUUAUGCCGAUUAUGUGUUCACAUCAGUUUUCACAGUGGAGAUCGUCCUGAAGAUGACGGUCUACGGAGCUUUUCUGCACAGCGGGUCGUUCUGUAGAAAUGCCUUCAAUCUCCUGGACCUACUGGUCGUCAGCGUGUCCCUCAUGUCCUUCUUUCUGCAUUCAAGCGCGAUCUCUGUGGUGAAGAUUCUUCGAGUGUUGCGUGUGCUCAGGCCUCUUCGAGCCAUCAACAGAGCCAAGGGGCUAAAGAAUGUGGUGCAGUGUGUGUUUGUGGCGAUCCGCACCAUCGGUAACAUCUUGAUUGUCACGACCCUGCUUCAGUUCAUGUUUGCAUGUAUCGGAGUGCAGCUCUUCAAGGGCAGAUUCUACAGCUGCACAGAUGAAGCCAAACACACUCCAGACGAGUGCAAGGGAACGUUUGUUGUCUAUAAAGACGGGGACAUGAACCACCCCAUGGUGAGAGAGAGGAUUUGGGAAAACAGCGAGUUCAACUUUGACAACGUGCUGAUGGGCAUGCUGGCUUUAUUCACCGUGUCCACAUUCGAAGGCUGGCCUCAGCUCCUUUACCGGGCGGUGGAUGCCAACGCAAUCAACCGCGGGCCCAUUUACAACUACCGAGUAGAGAUCUCCAUCUUCUUCAUCAUCUACAUCAUCAUCAUCGCCUUCUUCAUGAUGAACAUCUUCGUGGGUUUCGUCAUCAUCACGUUUCGAGAACAGGGAGAGGCCGAGUUUAAAAACUGCGAACUCAACAAAAAUCAACGUCAGUGUGUUUACUACGCACUGAAAGCUCAACCUAUAAAGAUUUACAUCCCCAAAAACCCCUCCCAGCUCAAAUUCUGGAAAAUAAUCAACUCCAGUCAAUUUGAGUACAUCAUGUUUGUGCUGAUUCUGGGAAACACCCUCACUCUGGCCAUUCAGCACUACGAGCAGUCUAAAACGUUCACCUCCGUCAUGGACAUCCUCAACAUGAUCUUCACUGUGGUUUUCACCAUCGAGAUGAUCAUCAAGUUGUUGGCUCUGCGGGCUCACCAUUAUUUCAUCGAUCCCUGGAACUCGUUUGACGCUUUGAUCGUUGUGGGGAGUGUGUUGGACAUCGCCGUGUCUGAGUUCAGUGGGGGAGGCGGCCAUGGCGAGGGUAGUAAAGGAGAAAGUGGAAAAGUGUCCAUCACCUUCUUCAGAUUGUUCAGAGUUCUGCGUUUGGUCAAACUGCUCAGCAAAGGAGAAGGUAUACGAACUCUUCUCUGGACGUUUGUCAAGUCGCUCCAGGCUCUGCCUUAUGUUGGUCUGCUCAUCGCUAUGAUCUUUUUCAUCUAUGCUGUGAUUGGCAUGCAGACGUUUGGGAAAGUGGCUGUAGACGACGACACACACAUCAACAGAAACUGCAACUUUCAGACUUUCUUCAUGGCCGUUCUGGUGCUUUUCAGGUGUGCCACUGGAGAACAGUGGCAGGAGAUCAUGUUGGCAGCUCUGCCCGGCAGACGCUGUGACCCAGAGUCCGACACCGAACCUGGCGAAGAGUUCACCUGCGGCAGCAACUUGUCCUACAUCUACUUCAUCAGCUUCUUCAUGCUCUGUGCCUACCUGAUCAUCAACUUGUUCAUCGCCGUCAUCAUGGACAACUUUGAAUACCUGACACGAGACUGGACCGUGCUCGGGACCCACCACCUGGACGAGUUCAAGAGAGUUUGGUCCGACUACGACCCAGAGGCCAUAGGUCGUAUAAAACACAUCGACGUGGUCACUAUGCUGCGAAGGAUUCAGCCGCCGCUUGGUUUUGGAAAACUAUGUCCUCAUCGAGUUGCCUGUAAAAGACUCGUCGCUAUGAACGUCCCGCUACACUCUGAUGGGACGGUCACCUUCAAUGCGACUCUGUUUGCCCUCGUGCGAACCUCACUGAAGAUCAAGACUGACGGCCCCAUCGACCAACAGAACGAAGAGCUGAAGGUGAUCAUCAAGAAGCUGUGGAAGCGCACGAAGCCCAAGCUCAUCGAUGAAGUCAUUCCUCCCCCUAGAGGCGACGAGGUGACUUGUGGGAAGUUCUACGCCAGCUUCUUGAUUCAGGACUAUUUUAAAAAGUUCCGCAAGAGAAAGGAGAGGGAGAGGAAAUCCAAGAGGAAGGACAGGGCGGCUUCUCUUCAGCUUGGGCUGCGGACGCUGCAGGACCUGGCUCCAGAGAUGCGUUUGGCGAUGGCCUGUGACCUGGAGGAGGAGGAGGGUGCAGACGGAGAGAUGAUGGGCGAUGAGAUAUUUGACGAGCCUGGAACCUCAGUGAACACCACGCCCGCCAGCACGCCGAUGCCACCCAUAGAAAUGCUGGUGGAGCAGACGACCGUGAUUGUCGAACCAGAGCCCAUUAAAACCAACGGAGGCGUGAUCACAGAGCAGGUGACGGGCCUGCAGGAGCACCAGAGACCAGGGUCAGAGCUGGGAGGGGUUGACGUUGUGACGGAGCAGCCUGUGAGGUGUGAGCGCCCGCCCAUCAGGGUGGACUCCCUCAGCGAGUUGCCGCCUCCACCUCCUCCUCCUCCUCCACCAGGUGGAGCAGAGGUUGUCCCUGAAGAACCGGUUGUGUCAGAUACGACUCAAGUAUCUGAGCAGGUUUAUAAUAUUGAAGUCGAUGCUGCAACUUUAGCAUCAGCAGACAGGUACGUGUAUCCAGAACCUGUCUCUCCUGUACCGACUGAGACCGGCUACAAUGCACAGAGCUUGGAGCAAGCCAGCAACAUAGGAGAAAUACCUUAUGACACAUACAAUGCUAAUGGCUUCAUCAGCAACGGUCACAGCAACAUCAACGCGAAUGGAGGGAGCGUCGCUGCCAGCCCGACUCCCUAUGCCUCGAAUGGGUACAACGGGAACGGGUACUCCAGCUACAAUGAGAACGGAAGCGUCAUCAGCAUCAAUGGAAAUGGGAGCACGUUGAACGGCUGCAAUGAAAACGGCAGCUCGGUGACGGGCUACGAUGGGAACAACGACUACAGCGGAAAUGAAAACAGAGGCGCACAGUUCAUCAGGCGAAGGCUUCUUCCUAACAUCCCGAAAGGUCGUACUCCUGCCUUUAACUUCCAGUGUCUGAGGCCUCAGAGCAGCGUGGACAACCUCCCCAUCCCAGGGAACUAUCGUGGAAACACAUCCCCAUCCAGAUCCCGUCUACAGACCCAGCAGAGCAUCGACUCCCGGCCCGGCAGCGCGUCCUCGAUGUCUACUGCCUCCUGGGUAAACACAACAGCAGCUGGCACCACUCCUGUUCCGGGAAUAAUCCCACCCUCGGGGCGCAGGGGCAAGCUCAUCUACACUCCCAUGAUCCUGGUGGACGAAGCCACCGGCAGCAGCCAGCCUAUGUGGAGCGACGGCUCUGCCAGCCUCCCCGCAGGAAGCCGGCCCGGCUGGUACCCCGGACAGGCGAGGACCUUCACCAGCAUGAGGAUGCCACCGGUCAAUCAGGGCUACCUAAACAAAGGCAGUGCCGACAGUCUGGUUGAGUCGAUCUUGAUCUCCGAGGGUCUCGGCGUCUACGCCAGGGACCCUAAGUUUGUGAACUUCGCUAAGAGGGAGAUCGCUGAAGCCUGCCACAUGAGCAUGGACGAUAUGGAGAGCGCUGCCACCGACCUGAUAGCUCGCGGAGCCAGUCAGUCGAUGUCUCGUUUUGAGGACGAGCUGGCCGAUGAAAUGAACUGUGUGAUUUCCUACUGAGAUCAGCGAAAGUGAAGUAACUGAAUGAGAAAGAGAAGUACGAAGUUCUACAGAGAGAAGGAGCGAGAGAGUUUUUUUAAUGCCGUGUGUGUUUAUAUCUUCUGUGGAGAAAAAAAGAAACGAUGUGAUGGGGACAUGAAGUUUGUCGUCUCAAGACUGAUAUGCUUUUGUUUGUGAAUGCCAAAACACAAAUGCACUUAUUUUAAGAACACGUGAGUAUGUGGCAGGACUCGAGCAGGUUUCCAGGGAACUCUACGACUGCGUCUUGCAGAAGAACCUGAUGAAGAAGACAGCGAACGGUUGCUCUUAGUUUUAUCAAAAAAGAACUGUUUUACAUUAUAAUUUCCUUUUGUACUGUUCUUGAAUUGUUGACACGUGUGUAUUCAGUUGCAAUCAUGGCUCAUACACACAUAGACUGUGAAAUAUGUUAAACUAUUAGAUCACUAACACUUGUUCUUACACAGAUGAUGAGAUCCAGUUCACGAGUGCCCACCAGCAUUCACUAAUUUAGAGAAAUAUUUAAAUAUAUUUAUAUCCUCUAAGAUGAAACACGCAUGCUCAUAGCAAAAACAAUUAUGAAUAUUUAUUUUUUUGUCAUGGUGGGGAGCCGUAUUCAUGUGCACAAAUAAAAACAA